AAAUAUAUUUUUAAGCUAUUUAAUCGAGAAUCAUGACAGAAGUUGAUAAUAUAUCGACGUUUAGUGUGGACGGUGGUCAGGACACGGUUGGUCUGCCUCGAAUUGUGAUGGUGACAGAGGGGUCUGAUACCUCAGCUUCUUCCCCGUCGUCCACUUCAUCUUCUGAGGACAACUGGGCUGAUCUCAUCAAAUCCUCUGAGAUUCCACCAGAAUAUUGGCACAUACAAAAACUGGUGAAGUACAUGAAAGCUGGUAAUCAAACAGCAACUAUGGUCGCAUUGUCGUGCCUGAAGGAUCACGACCUAACUAUUGAAGUUAACCAAAGAGCUAUACAAGAGAUCGGUGGUUUAGAACUCCUGGUUAACUUACUGGAGACAAGAGAUUUGUGUUGUAUUUUGGGAGGGCUUGCUGUACUCAAAGAUAUAUCUCCAAAUAUUGAAAUUCGAAAAAAGAUAACCGAUCUAGGCGCCAUUCCUCUUCUGGUCGGGUUAUUAUCGGACCCAGCGAGGGAUGUACAAAUUCUUGCAGCCGAAACUAUUGCUAAUUUGGGAAAAAUACGCAAAAGCAGGAAAUUUUGCAGAAAGUUUGGUGGAAUUCCGAAGUUAAUAGAUUUAUUGGAUAUAAAAGAAAGAUACCUAAUAGCACCGAAGGAAGAGCUGAACCAAGAUGAGCUGCAGUUUUUAGAUAUAGCAAGAGCCGGAGCGAAGGCCCUGUGGUCAAUGUCGUCCUCGCAGCGUAACCGCGAAGCAAUGAGAAAAUAUGGCAUAAUACCUCUUCUCGCACGAAUGCUCAAGACCAUUCAUUUGGACGUGGCUGUUCCGGCAGUUGGACUGUUGCAAAUGUGCGCUAACGAGACUUCCUUUCAGCUCGCUAUACAGACCGAAAAGAUGGUUAAAGAUUUGAUUACGCAUUUGGCGAAUGAGGACAAGGACUUGAAGACGUACUGCAGUUUAGCUAUAUACAAAUGUGCAAACGAUCCUAUAACAAGAGAUAUGAUACGAGAGGCUGGUGGCCUUGAGCUAUUAGUCGAAGCGGCUCAAGAUACAACAAACAGAUCAAACAAACCUCUAAUGGCCGCCGUUACUGGUGCUUUAUGGAAAUGUGCCAACAGUGAUGCGAGUGUUAAGAAACUUGACAAUCUCGGUGCAGUUCCGACACUUGUGAGAUUGCUGGACGACGAAAAUGACGGGGUUUUGACGAACGUCGCAGGUGCUCUUGCCGAGUGCGCAAAGCAUCCACCUAACCGUGAUAAAAUUAGAAGUUCUGGAGGCAUCCCGAUGCUAAUACACCACCUAAAUAACACCUACAAACCACUACUGGAAAACGUACCCUUGGUCCUGAUGGAAUGUGCUAAAGAACAAAACUGCAUGAGUGAAAUCGACGACUUGGAUGGAGUGCGACUAAUAUGGUCGCUCCUGAAGAACGACUCCAAAAAAGUGCAGACAAACGCUGCUCUAGCAUUGAGCCCGUGUGUUCAGAAUGCUGCAGAUUCCGGAGAAAUGGUCCGAUCUUUCGUCGGUGCUUUGGAUCUAACUGUUGAUUUACUGGACUCUGAUGAUCAUAACGUUUUAUCUGCUGUUUGCGCUGCUAUUGCUACUAUUGCUCACGAUCAUGAAAACUUAGCUGUUAUCUCUGAUCAUGGUGUUGUAGCGAAGCUUUCGAAACUUGUUAGCACAACGGAUGAUCAUCUGAGAGCCAACCUCGGUGUCGCCAUCGCGUAUUGCUGCGAAUGGGCACAGAAUCGCCAGGAGUUCGGCAAGCGGGGUGCGAUCACACCUUUAGUUAACUACAUGACUUCAAGGGAUCCGAACGUGCAUAGAUCGACCGCAUUGGCGCUCUACCACCUGUCAUUCUACUCGAUUAACUGUGUUACCAUGCAUGCGGCUGGAGUUGUACAGUUCUUACUGGAAACGAUAGGCUCCAAAGACGCGAUUCUGCAAGAAGCAUCAGCGGGUUGCCUCUGCAACAUACGCAAGUUGGCGCUAGCCACUGAAAAGGUGAAACUGAAGCAAUGAGUAGUGUUUUAGUA